GUCGAUAUAGUUUCUUGAUGGCGUCCAGGGAAGAUGGGAAUCGUAAUGGCACCCAAUUCAGUAAAUGUGCCGCUUUUAGGACUUUUGCCUUUUUGACACUGUUCCUGCAAAAAACGUUUGUGGGCGCUAGCUUGGUAAAGAGUGUGGGGAACCCAGCAAACAUAUAAAGUUGCUAUUGUUGCAUCAUUUCUUUCGUUUCUCUCAGUUGUUUCUUUCUCGCCAUCAAGGAUGAAGUAUUUAGCUUUGAUAGCCACUACAAUUGCUUGCUUUGGAGGCUUCCUCUUCGGCUAUGACACUGGUGUUAUAUCUUCCGUCCUGGUUAUGCCCACCUUCUUCACAGAUCUUGGUAUUGAUCCUAAGGCUCAAGCUGCUUACGUAGCCGACGUGAAGGGUAACGUUGUUGCUCUUCUUCAAGCCGGUUGCUGUGCUGGAGCUCUUCUGAUCAAUGUCUUCGCCGAUCGAUGGGGUCGUAAAUUCGCCAUCGUCCUCUCUUCUAUCAUUUUCAUCGUCGGGGGUAUUCUCCAAGUGGUCGCUACUAAUAUGGAUACAAUGCUUGCUGGUCGAUUCGUCGCUGGAUUUGGUGUCGGCGCAAACUCUAUGCUGGUUCCCAUGUAUGUUGCAGAGAUUGCGCCACGCAAGCUUCGUGGAAGACUCGGUACUCUCUGGCAGUUCCUUAUCGUCACUGGUAUCAUGGUCAGCUACUGGGUUGGAUAUGGCUGCCUUCAUAACCUUGCACCUAGCAGCACCCAAUGGAAGAUUCCCUUGGGUCUCCAAAUUGUUCCCGGCGGUAUCUUGGUUAUUGGUAUUCCCUUCAUGCCUGAAUCUCUUCGUUGGUUGGCCAUCCGUGACAAAACUGAACAAUGCCGCAAGACCAUUGCUCGUCUUCGCGACCUUCCCGAAGAUGAUCCUUUGGUGACUCAGGAAAUGGAAGAAAUUGCCGUGGCUAUUGAACUUGAAAGAGAAAGCAAGUCUGGCAGAUUUACUGAGAUUUUCCAGUCUGGAAACCUUCGACGUCUGUUCAUUGGAUGUAUGCUUCAACUUUUCCAGCAAUGGACGGGUACCAAUGCCAUCAACUACUAUGCUCCUCAAAUCUUCAACUCUAUUGGUUUGAGCAGUGCUGAAACUGAUGUCCUUGCUACUGGUGUCUAUGGUAUCGUCAAGGUUGUCUUUGUUUUCGUCUCUUUCUUCAUGGUUGAUACCAAGCUUGGUCGUAGAAGAACGCUUAUGAUUGGAUCUGUCAUUAUGUGUGCUGCUUUCUAUAUCCUCGGUGGCAUGAUUUACAUGAUUCUUAAGGAACCAAAGGGUAGCCCUGUUGGAGCUAAGGGCUAUGUUGCCAUUGUUAUGGUUUAUUGCUUCGCUAUUGGAUAUGAAUUCUCCUGGGGUCCUAUUGUUUGGAUUGUAUGCUCUGAGAUAUACCCUACUCGUAUUCGUGCCAUGUGCUUGUCUUUGACUACCGCUAUCAACUGGGCCAUGAACGCUACCAUUGCCAAGGCAACUCCAGUCAUGCUUGCAAACAUCACUUAUGGUACUUACUUCCUGUUCGGAAGUUUCGCUGUCGUCAUGGGUGUGUUUGUCUACUUCUUCCUUCCUGAAACCCGUGGAAGAAGUCUUGAACAGAUGGACGAGAUCUUUGAUCGUGGUAUCUUGGCUUAUCGUUUCGAUAACAGCGUUCCCACUGAAAAACUCCGUGAGGCUGAAGAGAAGGGAGAGUUCGUUGAGUAAAAUGUACCAAGAAAACCCCCUUUUUAUUAUUCCCCUCAUCACCUCACAGAAUAUUCUUUUCUUUUAUUUGUUAAUACAUAGUUAUAAUAGUGCACUGGAAGG